UUUUUUGUGCCUUGUUUUGCUCUUCUCCGUUAUAUCCUGGCCUUUCUGCUGUUCGUUAUUGUUAUGAUUUAGUCAUUUCUGUGUUAAUUGAUACAUUCCGAUAUUUUUUAUUUGUGUAGCCCACUGAAUGGAAAUAGUAAGGCAUUCGUUAAUAUCAAGCCUGUUUUACCACCGACUGCACUAGAGCACGACAUAGGCGGUGGACGGGCUAGCUGUCGUAGGAGCCGACCAGUAGAUUUGUGCGCGGAGGCGCGAGAGCCGAAGACGUUGAGUGAGAAAGAGAGAGAGAGAAUCAGCGGCGGAGAGCUUGUACGCGUGCGCGCGCCAGUCAGGAAUUUCCUUCUCCUCCUGAGACACCUGACAAGAAUACUAAGGAGAGCGCCGGUGCCGCUAUAUACUUAGGUGCAGACAGACAGAAAGUAACAGGCAACAGAGCUUUCUCAAACAUGGACAUUAAGGACCAAGGAGCGCAAAUGGAGCCGCUGCUUCCCACGGUACUUAACCCGAAUAUUGGGAGCAAGAGUGUGAGGAAUGAUGAGGAGGCUGUGGUUGACAGAGGUGGCACUCGUUCAAUUCUGAAGACGCAUUUUGAAAAAGAAGAACUGGAAGGGCACCGGACAUUAUAUAUUGGAGUUCAUGUGCCACUUGGUGGAAGAAAAAGCCACAGAAGACAUAGACAUCGUGGGCAUAAACAUCGGAAACGAGACAAAGAACGUGAUUCGAGUACUGAAGAUGGAAGAGAAUCUCCAGCCUACGAUACACCCUCCCAGAGAGUGCAGUUUAUUUUGGGAACAGAAGAUGAUGAUGAAGAACAUAUCCCACAUGACCUUUUUACUGAACUGGAUGAAAUCUGUGUACGUGAAGGAGAAGAUGCAGAGUGGAGAGAAACUGCCAGGUGGCUUAAAUUUGAAGAGGAUGUUGAAGAUGGUGGCGAGAGAUGGAGCAAACCAUACGUGGCUACACUGUCCCUUCACAGCUUGUUUGAACUGAGAAGUUGCAUCCUAAAUGGAACGGUACUGCUUGACAUGAGAGCGAAUUCUCUUGAAGAAAUUGCAGAUAUGAUCCUGGAUCAGCAGGAAGUUUCUGGUCAGUUGGAUGAAGAAGUACGGAGGAAAAUACGGGAGGCUCUUCUAAAACAGCAUCAUCAUCAGAACCAGAAGAAACUCAGCAACAGGAUCCCUAUUGUUCGAUCUUUCGCAGACAUCGGCAAAAAACAGUCAGAGCCUGGUUCUAUGGACAAAAAUGGUCAAAUGGCUCCCCAACAGCCAGUGACCCCCAACCCAGAAACUAAAGGAGAUGUUAGCCGAGAGAACAGCACUGUGGAUUUUAGUAAGGUUGACUUACAUUUCAUGAAAAAAAUUCCACCAGGAGCAGAGGCAUCCAAUAUUUUAGUUGGAGAACUGGACUUUUUAGAUCGGCCUGUGGUUGCUUUUGUCCGCUUGUCUCCUGCUGUUCUUCUUUCAGGACUGGCCGAGGUCCCAAUUCCAACAAGGUUCUUGUUCAUCCUUCUUGGACCAAUGGGGAAAGGACAGCAGUACCAUGAGAUUGGCAGGUCAAUUGCAACAUUGAUGACAGAUGAGGUGUUUCAUGAUGUUGCCUACAAAGCAAAAGACAGAAGUGAUCUGGUUGCAGGAAUUGAUGAGUUUCUCGAUCAAGUGAUGGUACUUCCACCUGGAGAGUGGGACCCUUCAAUUAGAAUAGAGCCACCAAAAAACGUCCCUUCUCAGGAGAAGCGUAAGAUGCCUGCAGUGCCAAAUGGUAUGGCAGGACAUGGCGAGACAGCAGAACCUGGGGGGCAUGGAGGCCCUGAGCUACAGCGAACUGGAAGGAUUUUUGGUGGCUUUUUCCAGGAUAUCAAAAGAAAAGCUCCACAUUAUCUAUCGGACUACACAGAUGCCAUCAGUCUGCAGUGUCUGGCGUCAUUCCUGUUUCUGUACUGUGCGUGCAUGUCACCUGUUAUCACAUUUGGCGGGCUGCUGGGAGAAGCCACUGAAGGUCGUAUAAGUGCAAUAGAGUCACUAUUUGGAGCCUCCAUGACUGGAAUUGCCUAUUCACUAUUCGCAGGACAGCCGCUCACUAUUUUAGGAAGCACAGGACCAGUGCUUGUCUUUGAAAAAAUACUGUACAAAUUCUGCAGAGACUACGGGCUGUCCUACUUGUCCCUAAGAGCUUGCAUCGGACUCUGGACAGCGUUCCUUUGCAUCCUCCUUGUUGCCACCGAUGCCAGCUCCCUGGUGUGUUACAUCACCCGUUUCACAGAAGAAGCUUUUGCAGCUCUUAUAUGUAUUAUUUUUAUUUAUGAGGCCUUAGAAAAAUUAAUUCAUCUUGGAGAAACAUACCCAUUCAACAUGAAUAUCAACCUUGAGAAACUCACGCAGUAUUCGUGUGUAUGUGUAGAGCCCCCAAAUCCAAGCAAUAAAACUUUACAGUACUGGGACAUGCAAAACAUAACGGUGUCUAAUGUAUCCUGGGGAUCUCUGGAUGUUCACGAUUGCAUUAAAAACCGUGGGGAGUUUCUUGGAAGUGCCUGCGGACCACAUGGUCCUUAUGUCCCUGAUGUCCUUUUCUGGUCUAUUGUUCUUUUCUUCUCCACAGUUACCAUGUCAUCCUUCCUGAAAGACUUCAAGACUAGCCGGUAUUUCCCCACCAAGGUCCGCUCUAUCAUUAGUGACUUUGCGGUCUUCAUCACCAUACUUACCAUGGUUUUUGUGGAUUACGCCCUGGGAGUUCAGACUCCAAAGCUUCAGGUCCCCAACGAAUUUAAGCCUACAAGGGAUGACCGGGGAUGGUUAGUUAAUCCUGUUGGCCCCAAUCCAUGGUGGACUACAUUGGUAACUGUCAUUCCAGCUUUGCUGUGUACCAUCCUCAUAUUUAUGGAUCAACAGAUUACAGCUGUCAUUAUAAACAGAAAGGAGCACAAGCUAAAGAAAGGAUGCGGGUACCACCUGGAUUUGUUCAUAGUUGGAGUGAUGCUUGGUGUCUGCUCCAUUAUGGGAUUGCCCUGGUUUGUUGCUGCCACAGUUUUGUCAAUAUCUCACGUGAACAGCCUGAAACUGGAGUCCGAAUGUUCUGCCCCAGGAGAGCAGCCCAAAUUCCUGGGAAUAAGGGAGCAAAGGUUCACAGGACUCAUGAUCUUUGUGCUGAUGGGCUCUUCUGUUUUCAUGACUUCUGUUCUUAAGUUCAUUCCCAUGCCUGUUCUGUACGGAGUGUUUCUCUACAUGGGGGCAUCAUCUCUAAAAGGCAUUCAGCUCUUUGAUCGAUUAAAACUCUUCGGAAUGCCUGCAAAGCACCAACCAGACUUUAUCUACCUGCGGCAUGUUCCUUUAAGGAAAGUCCAUUUGUUUACUGUGAUCCAGUUGUCCUGCCUGAUUCUCCUUUGGGUAAUAAAGACGUCAAGAGCAGCAAUUGUGUUUCCAAUGAUGGUUUUGGCCUUAGUGUUUAUUCGAAAACUGAUGGAUUUCAUUUUUACAAAGAGGGAACUAAGCUGGCUGGACGACUUAAUGCCAGAGAGUAAGAAGAAAAAGCUGGAAGAUGCUCAGAAAGAGGAGGAGCAAAGUAUGCUGGCGAUGGAAGAAGAAGGAAUUGUACAUUUACCUUUGGAAGGAUCCUUCAAGGAUGAUCCUUCCACUGUGAACAUUUCUGAUGAAAUGGCCAAAACCUCUGUCUGGAAGACACUUGCAAUGAAUACAGACAACUCUAAGAUCAAAGAUGUGCCAUCUAAAAGCUCCCUUACCUAACCUCUGUAGAAGCUGAUUUCCCAAAGCAUUUACACUGGAAGCGAAAGAGGAACGAUGAAGAACACUGAUGAAGAGAUGGGCGUGGACAGGGAGACGUGUCUGUGAUCUAAGCCUCUGUAGCGCUGAUGUCCACUCGCACAACCCACCCAAAAACACACAAACACACAUACACACCCAUGAGGUAAAACAAAUGUGCCACCGUGACAUGACGGGUGGGGACAUCCGACCAGCCGUGUGAGUUUUGUUGUGUCCUUUUGUAUGUAUAUUGUGUAAAGCUGUUUAUUCAAAUAUGAUUCCUGGACUACUACUUCUUUAGAGUACAAGCAGUGAGUGCUAAAACAAUUGUUCAGUUCUUGUGUAUGUAAAAUGUAAAAUGAUACCAGCAACUGAAGGGGCAUAGCUUCCCUGCUGGGGGGUGAAGGGAAAUAAUCAUUCAGGAAAGACAGUCCUCUUAUGAGAUGAUAGCAUUAGGUGUUUAAAAAUGUAAUAUUUCAAUGAUGUUUAUUUUAAACAAAAUAGUUAUGUAUUUUGUAUGGUUUAUAGUUUAACUUUUCCAAAAGAUAAUGAACUAUAGAUUGCUGUCUUUUUUUUAGAUAGUUGUGAUUUAAUCUUGAAAAAUGUAAGAAAAAUAAAAAAGACAAAAGUCUAUAAGAAAAUGCAAGGCAAAUAUCAAUCUUGUUGUAGUAAAUAUUAUAAAAAUAAAAAAAAAAACUUCUAAAGUUCUCCAAAUCAACAUACCAUUUUUAAACUUGUGCAGCUAAUAAAUACCACUGGAGAGUUCUUUUCAUGCAUUUACUCUUUAUUGGUAUUAAAAGCAUGAAUAGCUUUAUAAUGCAGGAGUGCUCGAUUUUUAAAAAAAAUAUUUUCUUGCAACAUUCUAAAAUGGUAGAAUAAAUACGCCGUACAGUAUGAUGAAGUGUCCACCAAACAAGAGUAUUCCUGCUUAGCCAGUGUCAGGAGUUUAGUAUCACCACACUCACACUCAUGUUUUGUCUCUUUACGUUUUUUUGAUCUUCUUCUAAGUUCGCUUUUUAAACUUGUUUUUCUCUUUUGUGGCUUCACACACGUUUUAGCACUAUGUGAGCACUUCCAAGUGACUUUCAUAUUUUGAAAUUCUUAUCUCUUAAUUCAUCUGAAAGAAAAAAAAAAAACUCCCAAAGAGUUCUGCUACUCUUAUUUUCUUCUAGAGACUGGCCAAAAUGUUUUUUCUUUUCCAUUUUUGGCUAAAGCUAACAACACAUUGAGAGCUUCAUUAGAAUGUCUGCCAAAAACAAAAAAAAAAAAAACAUGCUAAAUCUUGUGAAAGUUCUUUUGAUUAAAGUAGAAGUCAAAAUGAAGACCCCCCCCCCCCCUUUACAGUUUACUCCUACUGUAUACUUCAUGUUUAAGUCAGGUUAAAUAUCGCACAGCUGCUGCUCUCCAUUUUCACUAUGAAAAAUAAUCAUUCUCCCCCACACAACUCUUAAUAUGCAGCCAUCCAAGUGACUGUCUUAACUUGAAUCGCCUGUUCCUUAAACUACAUUGCAAAGAAAUCUCCACAAGAAUUUUGGCACUUUUAGUUUCUUACAGAGACCAUCCAAAAUCUAUUUUAUACUUUUUGGCCAAAAGUGAGAAUUUGCAGCAAGCUUUUUUAGUUUCACUGCCAAAAAUGAAAAUGUGCCAAACCUUUUAAUAGCACUUGUAGACAACACCUAAGCUGAAAAUAAAACCCCAUUUACUAUUUAAGCCUCCAGUCCAAGUUUGAAUAGCAGGGUAUAAAACUACAGUAUUUAUUUCUAUUAGUAUUGUACAUUGGGAUGACGCCUUGGGAUGACAAGGCGACUUAGGCCUAAGUGGGUUACAAAAUGACUGACUGAGUGAUUUACAAGACUGGUAUGUGUUAGAAUUCUUAUCUAUAUUUUUUAACAAUUGGUGCACACAUAGGUUGUUGUGAUUGGGACUUGAGGAGACACACACCAGACUUACAAUAGAUAACAUAAUUCCCAUCACCCAUGAAAUGAAUGGAUCAGUUCUAAAUCGACUAAAUGAAUACCAAUCCUAAAUAAAAAAUGAAAGUAAUACAACAAAAUUAACAAUAAUAACUAUAGUAAUCACAAUUGAACUGCAAUUAAUAAACACAACAUAAAUAGAAAAAAAUUAAACACAACAAGGAUAAACUUAUUAGAGUGGAAAAUGAAUAUAAUAAUUAAAUCCAAUCAUGAGACACUUUUAUAGGAGACAUUUGUUAGUUAGUCAGAGAGAAAGAGAUACAGUGCAUUGAGGUUAUGUUAAAAUGUUUGCCGAUAUAUUAGUACAUAGUCAAUGGGAGCUUCUAUUAUAACCCACACAAGCUAAAUUAUAAAUGGUGUCCCUUUUAACUACAGACUAGUUCAGUUUACAAUCGGCCUUGCAGUUGGUAAGGCAUGAAGGGGAAACAGUUUCAAACCCUACGCACUAGGGUGUUGUACCGUGUUAGCCAUUAUGGAUGUAGUGAGAAGUCAAGCAUCAGUUGAUUAUAUCUUGCCUGAAGAAGGGGCCUGAGUUGCCUCGAAAGCUUGCAUAUUAUAAUCUUUUUUGUUAGGCAAUAAAUGGUGUCAUUUUGCUUGACUUCUCACUAAACCCUACGCACAGAACGUAUUGAAUGUACUAAGUGAAGCCUACGUAAAUUUGGCAUUGAGAAAUAAUACAACCUUUAAAUAUCAAAAGUGAAGUUUAACACAAGAAAUCUAAGAUUUUAAUGAAGCCGAAAAGAAACCUUUUUC